AUGGCCACAGCACUCGAAGAUGAACCUGAUCGGUACAGCGGGGAUUCUGAUUCCGAUGACACUGUCAUUAGCCGUCGAAAGGACAUCGCCGUGUCAGACGAAGAUUUCGUUCAAGAUGUAGAAUCCGACCAGGCCGGUGUCAACAUCAGCUUCCUGAAAAGAGCCCGAAGUACCGAAAAAAGACGUUGUACAAACAUUCUGAAAAAAAGCCGUACAUUGUUGGAGCAAGGCGCUUGUGCUACCUCGAUUCAAUCCCACCGUGAACUAAUAAUGGAUCUUUUCGAAGCAUGCCUCAAAGCCCACCGAAGAUAUUUAGCUGCUCCCAAUUACGUUCCCCCGAAGAAUGAUGACGACAUUACUUACAUGGAGAAAAUAGAAGAAGAAUGCACAUCCGUCCUCCAAGACAUCGACCGAUUCAUCGCCGCAAGCCAUCAACGCCAUCAAGCCUUAGCUAAGGCAAGGCAAUCUGAAUCACCGCGUAGUAGCAUCAUCAAUGAAUCGAUGGCACAACAAGCAGCUGCCGCCAUCGAACUUCCAGUCGACCUAGAAAACCCCCCAGAAAGCAUCAACGUGGCAAGCAGUGUUACCAACACAACCGUGAAGUCUUCUGGAUCUCGUCUGGAUCUGCGGAAGCGGCUGCAGGAAGAAGAAGAAAAAGGUCGUAAGCUUGAAGAAGCGUUGCUCCUUGAGAAACAGAAGUCCAACGAACACGCUCAGCAGUUACACGAGUCUAAUGUGAAAUUGCGCAACCUAACUCUCGAAUUAGAAAAAGAUCGCCGUCUCCGUGACACCGCCAAUAUCACGCAACGUCGUCAGCUUGAACAAGAACAGAAAAGUCUACGCGAGCAACAUGAAGCCAUCAUAACCGAAAUGGGUGACCGGCUAAAGAGGUUAGAAGAGCGAAAUCAACCCGCGAAAGAAAAGGUCGAUUGGAAGUUGAGUUCAAUGCCGUGGCAAAAUGGACAAGAAUAUUGCACGUUGGGAACCCGUCCAAAGCAGCCGCAAGGAGCCUCUUUAUUCAGCAGCAACGUGUGGGGACCACCGGAUGGCCAUACAAACAAUAGCCCGAACGUCGCAACUGGCAAACCCAAUGAACCUUUAAGGCCUUACACGAGCCUGUCGCUAAGUCCUGUGGCAAACAACAUCGUUGGCGACCGCUCACAUACAUCGAUAUUCCGUAAGCCAAAAAUCGACUGUGAGCCCUUCGAUGGAGACCCUUUGAAAUGGCCUGACUUUGCAGCCAUGUUUCGUGAUAUGGUCGAAGGGGAUCCAAAUCUUACACCUACCCAGAAAAUGGCCAUUCUCCGCCAUUGUGUUACACGCGAAAUCCGAGACAGUCUGGGAGACUGUCUCAACAACCCUGCAUUAUAUGAAGAAGCUCUCAAGCAGCUUGAGCAAACUUAUGGACAUCCGCAUCUCGUAUCCAGAGCAUACAUCCGCACAAUAUUAAGCUUGCCCGUGAUACGACAUUCCCGUGACUAUCAGACGCUGUUGAAAUUCAGUACUACGUUGCAUGGAGCCGUAGCCUCGCUUCGAAAUCUCGGCUACGAAAGUGAACUACGUUCCAGUGGUUUACUGGAAACUCUUGUCGACAAACUACCCGACGAUCUGAAGAGCAAGUGGGGAAAGAAAAUAGUGAAAGCCUACCCGAAUUCACUUUCCCUGGACGACUUUGACAAAUGGCUCCAGAACAUCGUGAAGGCAGAAAUGGUAAUCAAACAUACUCUGUUUGCAGCACACACACCCGAGCGCAAACCAGCCAACACAUCGCAUCGUCCUAAACAACAGUCUCGCCCUGGAGUAUAUAGCACGUCACAGCCUGUUCCCACUAGCAGUGUACCCCAAGCCAUGAAAACAAUUGAGCACCCGGAAACUCAACACCGUGAAACCUCUACCGAUCUACAACGUUCAUGUCCUCUGUGCAGCAUGAACCAUCAUAUGGAGAAAUGCGAAGAGUUUGUCCAGCUGUCGAUGGACAAAAGAGUUGAGGCGAUCCGCAAUCUGAGGUGUUGUCUAAAAUGUCUGGGACGCGGCCAUAAAAGUCGGGAAUGCUUCAAGAAGCGAAAAUGUACUGAAAACGGCUGUAACAAAAGUCACCACACUCUCCUGCACGGUGCCCCAAAGAUCUUCGUGACCUUUGAACCAUCCGCAAAUGGGCCGGCAAAAAGCCCUUCCGUUCCCGUCGCUAGUGUUGGCACCACGAGCAUUGAAGACUUCGAUCAACACGUACUUCUCGCUGUCGUUCCAGUACAAAUCUCCAAUGGUGACAAAUUAGCUACUACAUACGCCCUAAUCGACAACGGUGCUGAAACAACUCUCAUCACGAAAACGGUUGCUGAAAUUUUGGGACUUGAAGGAAGUAGCGGCUCUUUCUGCAUUGGCACAUUCCACGGUGAAGACCCAUCGAUUCCAUCAAAGAAAGUGUCGUUUAACUUAUCUUCCGAGGAUGGCGCAUCUACGUUCAACGUGAAAUCAGCUUAUGUCGUUCCAGCUAUACGUUUAUCACGGCACAAGUUCGACUGGCCAUUACUGAAAGCGAAAUGGCAACAUCUUUCUGACUUAGAUCUACCAUCGGUAGAUCUAUCGCAAGUCGCCGUCCUAAUUGGUCGCAACGUACGCGGCGCACACACUAUCAUCGAAGAGCGUAUUGCUCCAGAUUCAGAUGGACCCGACGCAGUGCUUACUCCAUUUGGAUGGUGUGUGGCAGGGCCUAUUCCAACAUCAAGACCUUCCUCGGGACUUCCUCGUGUUAAUCUCAUCCAUACUGUAUCAGCUGAAUGUGAACUACGACAAAGCAUCGCUCGUCUUUGGGAAGACGACAUAUCAAGUAUCACGAGUCCUUACAAGGAACGCCUCAGCGAUACUGAUCAGUACGCGUUAAACAUUCUGAAGUCCACGAUCCGCCAUACGGGAGAACGUUAUGAAGUUGGAUUGAUGUGGAAGAACAACGACGUUACGUUACCCAACAAUUAUGCAGUCGUCAGUCGUCAAUUCCAAAUGUUAGAAGCUCGCUUCAUGCGAGAUUCGUGGUAUGCUGAAAAGUACCGCCAAGGCAUGGAAGACUACAUCUCGUCAGGAUACGCCAAACCCGUAUCAGCCAGUGAAAUCGGUACGCCAGGACGUACUUGGUACAUUCCACAUCACGGCGUCAUCUCACCCCGAAAGCCCGACAAAGUACGAAUCGUGUUCAACUGUUCGGCAACGUUCAAAGGAAAAUCGUUAAACAAUUCGUUGCUCAAAGGACCGGAUUUGUUGACAAGCCUAGUUGGAGUUUUGCUACGUUUUAGACAUUUCAAGUUCGCCGUCGCUGCCGACAUCAAAGCAAUGUAUCAUCAAGUUGCCGUACCAGAACUAGACCAGGACGCUUUACGUUUCUUUUACCGAAAACCUGGAUCCACCGAACCUGUCCUCGUAUACAAAAUGACCCGACACGUGUUUGGUGCCGUUUCAUCCCCCACGACGUGCAUCUUUGCCAUCCACCGUACUGCAGAAGACUUUCAAGAAAAGUAUCCGGACGUAGUGCGUGUACUAAAAGAAAACACUUAUGUCGACAACGUGCUAUAUUCUGCCGACAACGAAUUAGUUACGAGCAACCACAUUGUCCAUGUCAAACGCCUAUGUCAACUUGGGGGGUUUGAACUGAGGCAAAUCAUGUCCAACUCUCGUACCAUCCUUGCUCAACAAGAUCAAACAGCGCUGUCCGUACCACUGAAUUUAAAUUUCGACCAAUUACCAACUGAAGGAACGCUUGGACUAUUGCUGAACUGGGAAACCGAUGCCUUUGAAUUCAAAGUAUCGAUGGAUUCUCAACGCACAACCAUGCGGGAAGUGUUGAAAGUAUCAGCGUCCGUUUAUGAUCCGCUUGGUUUUUUGAGUCCCGUUCUCCUCCAAGCAAGAGUCAUCCUGCAAGACUGUUGGCGAGCGCAAAUUCAUUGGGACGACCCUCUACCCCUCAGCCUAGAAAAACGAUGGAAAAAUUGGCACUCCAGCCUGCAACAUUUGCAACAGCUUCAGAUUCCACGAAGUUUACGAGCCGAAGCAUCACCUCUCUCCGUUUCUUUGCACGUGUUUUCCGACGCGUCUGAACUAGGAUUCGGAGCAGCUGUCUACUAUCGAGCAGUUAAUCCAAACGGGAAGGUCAGCGUGCGUCUUGUGAUCGGCAAGGCUAGAGUUGCUCCAGUUCGACAAAUAUCCAUCCCCCGACUAGAACUGAAAGGUGCGGUGUUAGGCCUACAGCUGUCUUUAACCGUUGUGCACGAGCUACGACUGGACAAGGAAAUCGACGUAACAUUUUGGACCGAUUCUACGACUGUUUUACGAUGGAUCCACGCUAAAAGCUGUCGUUUCCACACAUUUGUAGCCCACCGGAUAACCGAAAUUCUAGAAUCGUCAAAAGCAACUCAGUGGCGACACAUACCAGGGGAGCUAAAUCCUGCUGAUGACGCAUCACGUGGAAUCCGCAUCGAGUCAUUAAACCAAAACCACCGUUGGUUUGCUGGACCACCGUUCCUACGUCAUCACCCGUGCAGUUGGCCGCUAACCGAAGGAUUUGAGGAACCUACUGAAAACGAUCCAGAAAUUGCACCCACAAAAUGGGCCGGCGUAAUACGUUCACCAGCAACCAGCCCAUUGUUCAACUACGCGAAAGGUGUUUCUUCAUGGGAUCGAUAUCUGCGGGUAAUCGGGUGGCUUGUCCGUUUUGUGAGAAUGUACUGUAAGCAUCCAGUACAGCAACCUAGCCCCAGAUAUCUCAGUGCAUCCGACCUCCUAGACGCAAAAUUAGUCGCCUUACGCCUCGACCAGCAAGCUUUCUUCAAAUUGGAAAUCAACGAGUUGUCGAGCGGAAAAGGCAUUCCAGCGUUAUCGAAGUUAAAUCAGCUUACACCAUUCAUCGACGAGUCUGGAUUGUUAAGAGUACGUGGACGUAUUGAGAAAGGAGCUUUCACUGAGCUUAUCAAACACCCGAUCAUCCUUCAUCACGCCAGCCCGAUCGCCCGAUUGCUGAUAAUUCACUGUCACAUCCGUGUCGGCCAUGAGCGCGUUGAGCGGACAAUCAGUGAGCUCAGACUGGAAUAUUACAUCCUUCGGUUCCGUCAAACCGUACAAAAGGUGCUUGCCCGUUGUCCAGACUGCCGCCUAAAGCACGCCAAACCGGAGCCGCCUCUGAUGUCUGCGCUACCUGCCAACCGACUGAUGUCACACUUACCCCCGUUCACUGUCACCGGAAUAGACUAUUUCGGCCCAAUCGACGUGGUAUUGAAUCGGCGCACCGCUAAGAGAUGGGGUGUCAUCUUUAUGUGCCUUACCACUCGCGCCGUACAUUUCGAAAUGGCAUGGACGCUCGACACCGACUCAUUUCUCCACUCCUUUUGGCGCUUCGCGAAUCGUCGAGGUUGCCCGUCCACCGUGUACAGUGACAACGGCACUAACCUAACCGCAGGUGAAAAAGAGCUACGAGACGCCAUGAAACAUCUGGAUUCAUCCUCCAUUGCCGAACGUCUCGCUCGAAAAUCCAUCCAUUGGAUAUUCAACCCACCCGCUGCUCCACACUUUGGCGGCAGCUGGGAACGACUUAUUCAAUCAGGCAAAUCCGCAUUACGAUCUGUAUUGAAUGGUCAAACGUUAACUGAUGAGACACUCUCAUCAGCCCUCGUAGCAGUUGAAAACAUGCUAAACGGUCGGCCUCUUACGCACGUCGCUGUCGACCCUCGUGAGCCGGAGCCACUCACCCCAAACCACUUUCUUCUCGGUCGAGCCAACGGAAAUCCUGUGCCGGAUAACUCAUCUCACCAUCCCGCUCCAUCCGCAAAGACCUGGCGUCAUACUCAAGCAAUCGCGAGUCAUUUUUGGCAGAGAUGGCUUCGAGAGUAUGUUCCUGAGUUAAUUGAGCGACGCAAGUGGCUCAAGAAUCGGCGAAACCUUGCAACUGGCGACUUAGUGUUAAUUGUAGACAACAAUUCACGUCGUGGCGACUGGCCAACCGGUCGAGUAAUAAAAGUCUUCCGUGGCAGCGAUGGUGUCGUCCGCUCCGCUCGUGUGCGUACGAAAGCCGGGGAACUCGAACGCCCUACUACUAAAUUGUGCCUGCUGGAAAUCGCAUCCGACGAAGGUGUUUUGUCCGAAACAGGGCCGGCUAUGUGA